AUGCAAGGGGAGUUGGGCAUGCAAGGGGAGUUGGGCAUGCAAGGGGAGUUGGGCAUGCAAGGGGAGUUGGGCAUGCAAGGGGAGUUGGGCAUGCAAGGGGAGUUGGGCAUGCAAGGGGAGUUGGCAUGCAAGGGGAGUUGGGCAUGCAAGGGGAGUUGGGCAUGCAAGGGGAGUUGGGCAUGCAAGGGGAGUUGGGCAUGCAAGGGGAGUUGGCAUGCAAGGGGAGUUGGGCAUGCAAGGGGAGUUGGGCAUGCAAGGGGAGUUGACAUGCAAGGGGAGUUGGGCAUGCAAGGGGAGUUGGGCAUGCAAGGGGAGUUGGGCAUGCAAGGGGAGUUGGCAUGCAAGGGGAGUUGGGCAUGCAAGGGGAGUUGGGCAUGCAAGGGGAGUUGGGCAUGCAAGGGGAGUUGGGCAUGCAAGGGGAGUUGGGCAUGCAAGGGGAGUUGGGCAUGCAAGGGGAGUUGGGCAUGCAAGGGGAGUUGGCAUGCAAGGGGAGUUGGGCAUGCAAGGGGAGUUGGCAUGCAAGGGGAGUUGGGCAUGCAAGGGGAGUUGGGCAUGCAAGGGGAGUUGGGCAUGCAAGGGGAGUUGGGCAUGCAAGGGGAGUUGGGCAUGCAAGGGGAGUUGGGCAUGCAAGGGGAGUUGGGCAUGCAAGGGGAGUUGGCAUGCAAGGGGAGUUGGCAUGCAAGGGGAGUUGGGCAUGCAAGGGGAGUUGGCAUGCAAGGGGAGUUGGGCAUGCAAGGGGAGUUAGGCAUGCAAGGGGAGUUGGGCAUGCAAGGGGAGUUGGGCAUGCAAGGGGAGUUGGGCAUGCAAGGGGAGUUGGGCAUGCAAGGGGAGUUGGGCAUGCAAGGGGAGUUGGGCAUGCAAGGGGAGUUGGGCAUGCAAGGGGAGUUGGGCAUGCAAGGAGAGUUGGGCAUGCAAGGGGAGUUGGGCAUGCAAGGGGAGUUGGCAUGCAAGGGGAGUUGGGCAUGCAAGGGGAGUUGGCAUGCAAGGGGAGUUGGCAUGCAAGGGGAGUUGGGCAUGCAAGGGGAGUUGGGCAUGCAAGGGGAGUUGGCAUGCAAGGGGAGUUGGGCAUGCAAGGGGAGUUGGCAUGCAAGGGGAGUUGGGCAUGCAAGGGGAGUUGGGCAUGCAAGGGGAGUUGGCAUGCAAGGGGAGUUGGGCAUGCAAGGGGAGUUGGGCAUGCAAGGGGAGUUGGGCAUGCAAGGGGAGUUGGGCAUGCAAGGGGAGUUGGGCAUGCAAGGGGAGUUGGGCAUGCAAGGGGAGUUGGGCAUGCAAGGGGAGUUGGCAUGCAAGGGGAGUUGGGCAUGCAAGGGGAGUUGGGCAUGCAAGGGGAGUUGGGCAUGCAAGGGGAGUUGGGCAUGCAAGGGGAGUUGGCAUGCAAGGGGAGUUGGCAUGCAAGGGGAGUUGGGCAUGCAAGGGGAGUUGGGCAUGCAAGGGGAGUUGGGCAUGCAAGGGGAGUUGGGCAUGCAAGGGGAGUUGGCAUGCAAGGGGAGUUGGCAUGCAAGGGGAGUUGGGCAUGCAAGGGGAGUUGGGCAUGCAAGGGGAGUUGGGCAUGCAAGGGGAGUUGGGCAUGCAAGGGGAGUUGGGCAUGCAAGGGGAGUUGGGCAUGCAAGGGGAGUUGGGCAUGCAAGGGGAGUUGGGCAUGCAAGGGGAGUUGGCAUGCAAGGGGAGUUGGGCAUGCAAGGGGAGUUGGGCAUGCAAGGGGAGUUGGGCAUGCAAGGGGAGUUGGCAUGCAAGGGGAGUUGGGCAUGCAAGGGGAGUUGGGCAUGCAAGGGGAGUUGGCAUGCAAGGGGAGUUGGGCAUGCAAGGGGAGUUGGGCAUGCAAGGGGAGAUGGGCAUGCAAGGGGAGUUGGGCAUGCAAGGGGAGUUGGCAUGCAAGGGGAGUUGGCAGGGGGACGGUGGACGCAUCAGCUGCCUUGGCUUUCGGCUUGGCAGUGGCAGGGGGACGGUGUGCAGGGGGACGGUGUGCAGGGGGGCGGUGUGCAGGGGGACGGUGUGCAGUUUGGGCAUGCACGGGGAGUUGGCAGGGGGAUGCUGCAGCAGCUGGGGAGGGCAGGAGCGCAGGUCAGUGCGGCAGUGGUGCCAGUCGAUGGAGGGAAACGAUUGCUGCUGGGCGAAUGA